AUGCCCCCAUUGAUUCCCUGAAAUUCAGGAACUCACAUUCUGCCAUCUAUCUUGUAAGAUGCAACAUCUGGAUCUCUCCUGGCUGGGACUGGGGCCCAUGUCAGCCGCACCAUGGCUUCUCUUUGUCUUGAUUGGGGCAUCCUGGCUCUUGGCCCGCUGCCUCAUCUGGAUCUUCACUUUGUAUGAAAAGUGUCGUCGUCUCCGAGGUUUCCCUCAGCCACCCAAGAGAAAUUGGUUUUGGGGUCAUUUGGGCACGUCUCCUCCCACGGAAGAAGGCAUGAAGGAGAUGACCAUGCGGGUGGCCACCUACCCACAGGGCUUCAUGACCUGGUUAGGCCCAGUGGUUCCCCUCAUCCAUCUGUGUCACCCUGACAUCAUCCGGUCUGUCGUCAGCGCCUCAGCUGCGGUUGCCCCAAAGGAUGACAACCUCUACAGCUUCCUGAAACCCUGGCUGGGGGACGGGCUCUUGUUGAGUGCUGGUGACAAGUGGAGCCGCCACCGUAGCAUGCUGACACCCGCCUUCCAUUUCAACAUCCUGAAGCCCUAUGUGAAGAUUUUCAACGACAGCACCAACAUCAUGCAUGCCAAGUGGCAGCGCCUGACCUCAGGGGGUAGCACCCACCUGGACAUGUUUGAACACAUCAGCCUCAUGACCUUGGACACUUUGCAGAAAUGUGUCUUCAGCUUCAACAGCAACUGUCAGGAGAAGCCCAGUGAGUAUAUCGCUGCCAUCUUGGAGCUCAGUGCCCUGGUUGUGAAAAGAAACGAACAGCUGCUUCUACACCUGGACAUGCUCUACCGCCUCACGCCUGAUGGGAGGCGCUUCUAUAAGGCCUGCCGCCUGGUGCAUGACUUCACCGAUGCUGUCAUCCAGGAGCGGCGUCGAACUCUGCCCAGUCACGGUGGUGAUGAUGUCAUCAAGGCCAAGUCCAAGUCCAAGACUCUGGACUUCAUCGAUGUGCUGCUGCUGAGCAAGGAUGAAGAUGGAAAGGAGUUGUCAGAUGAGGACAUCCGAGCUGAGGCUGACACCUUCAUGUUUAGGGGCCAUGACACCACAGCCAGUGGGCUCUCCUGGAUCCUGUACAACCUAGCAAAGCACCCUGAAUACCAGGAGCGCUGCCGGCAGGAGGUGCAGGAGCUCUUUAAGGGCCGGGAAUCUAUGGACAUUGAAUGGUCAUGUGACGUGUUCCUCAGGGACGACCUGGCCCAGCUGCCCUUCCUCACCAUGUGCAUCAAGGAGAGUCUGCGGCUGCACCCUCCGGUCACAGUCAUCUCCCGCUGCUGCACCCAAGAUAUUGGGCUCCCAGAUGGCCGGGUCAUCCCUAAAGGUGUCGUCUGCAUCAUCAAUAUUUUCGCGACCCAUCACAACCCAACUGUGUGGCCUGACCCUGAGGUCUAUGACCCCUUCCGCUUUGACCCAGAGAAUGUCAAGAACAGGUCACCUCUGGCUUUUAUUCCCUUCUCUGCUGGGCCCAGGAACUGCAUAGGACAGACUUUCGCCAUGAACGAGAUGAAGGUGGCAUUGGCCCUGACACUGCUGCGUUUCCUUGUCCUACCCGACGACAAGGAGCCCCACCGGAAGCCCGAGUUGAUCCUGCGUGCAGAGGGCGGGCUGUGGCUGCGGGUGGAACCUCUGAGCUCACAGUGA